UCCAACUAGAUAGCUUGCAAAACACUGGGAAUAUAAUUAAAAUGUUAGACGAAAAUAUAUGUAGAAUUUACUGAUACUGAUAAAGUAUACAUUUUGAAUCCAACUGUUUUGAAAACGUGACGUGUCAACAGAAAUGUCUUUAAAAUCGGUGGAGAGAUUUCUCUAGGCUGGUAAGAGAAGAUGAAUCUGGUUCGCCGUUCAGGAACGGCUCAUUCUUCUGUGACAGAGUUUGAGGGAUUUGGGCCAAUAAACCCAAAUCCUGCGAUUGUCAAUGACUCAGAGCUGCUUUUUGAUAUUUACCUCUCUCCUGCAAAGUUGAAAAAGCUGUCUGGAUGUGAUGAUCUACAGCAGGUCACAAGCUUGGAGAUGUGUGUUGACACCCGGCAAACUAUCUUGGGAAAUUUUGGUGUUCAUUUGCCCAAUCUUGUGCAGCUGAAAAUGAACAACAGUUUGAUCUUAUCUGUGCGGGAUCUUGGAAUCACUCUGUCCCACCUCCAAGUUCUCUCCCUGGUUCGAUGUGGCCUAGGUGACUUGGAAGGUCUCGCCUCACUAUCCUCGCUUAAGGAGCUAUACGUGGCCUACAAUAAUGUGUCAGACCUAAGUCAAGUAUGCAUGCUGGAACAGCUGGAGCUGGUGGAUCUCGAGGGGAAUGAUGUGGACGACCUGGUUCAAGUUCAGUACCUGGGUCUGUGUGGGAAGCUAAAAAUCCUGACAUUGGAGGGAAACCCUGUAUGCAUCUGUCCCCGUCCUGGAGCAUCACAGGUGUCUGAGUACAACUACAGGUCUGCUGUGAGGAAGCUAAUUCCACAGCUUCAAAUCCUGGAUGAUGCUCCAGCAGAAGAUGAAGAGUUUCGCUACUCAAGCACUCUGAAGGAGGACUGGGCUCUGCUUAGAGAGUCCAUUAAAGACACUAACUCCAUUAUAGACAGUGGCAAUGACUGCCUGGAGCUCAUGGAAUUAAGAAGUGCAAGUGUGUGUGACUUUUCACGACCCAGUUCCACCCAGCGGCCAGGCACCAGUAUGGGAUACAGGAGUCCUCUCAGUCCUCCGGGCACUGCCAGGCCAUCUUCAUCCUCUAUCAGCUCCAGACCAAGUUCAGCUGACUCGGAUGCAGAUACUCCAGACUAUGAGACCAGUGAUUUGACACACGGGGUGGGAAGAGUUCUCUUCUGUGGGAAUCCUCUUCAGGCCAUUCGGGCACGACGACAGAAAAUUAAGCUUCAAGGCCCCAGCUCUUUCUCCAGACCCUGUACUCAGCUAAGUACUUAUCUCCCUGAGCACACUUAUGAUGUUGAAGAAACUAGCAGUCAGGACCGCAGUGAUGUGUUCGAAGAACUCAGAGCCUGGAGGAAAGAACAUAACAAACGACUUUUGGCUAUUGAGAGUGACCGCAAGCCACAGGUGAUGAGAAUUGUACAUAGUGAUGAUGACAGUGAUGUUGAUGAUGAUGAAAAUAAAGACAGCAGUAAUGAAUUUGAUGAAGGAGCUCAUGGUCUCAGUCUUGUAAGUGACAAAGAAGACGAAUCCCAAGAGGAAUCCCAAGAAGGACGAAAGACUCGCCACAGAGAUACUCAGUCACCUGAUUCCUUGUUCCAGUCUCCUUCUCCUGAGAUGUCCAGGCUCUCGUCUUUAUUAGACCACACUGUGGGACCGUCCCCACCACCCAGAUCUGCAGUGCCCUCUACCGGCAAGAGGAUAGCAGAGAUUCGAGCCCGCAGAUUUAAAAUCACUAACAUGGGGGAUGGUAUGCAAAAGCUUGCCAAGGAAACUAUUACAUCAGAUAAAACAGCAUCAAAAGAUAUGAACCAUAAGGAUCUGUGCCCUGGGGAAAUAAAAAUGCAACCUGCCCCACCUCAGUUCACUUAUAUACCUCACAGACCAGGCUCCAGCCCAGGAACCACUCCACAGAGAGAAUGCUGUUCAGGGUCUAGUUUGUCCAACAGCAAGCUCAUUCGCACAGUGAUGCCUGAAAGGUCAACACCCUUACGUCCUUAUACAGCAAGAGCUGCUCUGCAGAGACCUCCUGUCUUACCAAGUAAAGCAAGUGGCCACCUGGACUGAAGUCUUCUGCUUCUCAGACAUUGUGGACUGCUUAUUUCUCACUGGAGGACAUUAUAAAGCAGGAGCUUGUGGGCUGAUUGAUGGAACGAAAGAUCUGUGGUUAGAAAGGAACGUUCUGCACCAUCCCUCAGCCAGGCUCAGUGUCUUACAGCUUGGCUUAAUUAAGAAAUCGAAGACACUAAACUGUAUCGUGUAUUGAAAAAAAUAUCUUCUUGCUAUGUAA